AUGCAGUUUACCUCAUUUUCAAAUGCUUCUACCUCCACUGCUCCUACUGGGGUCUCAUUUGGUGCCCCAACAAAUUUGGUUGGCAUUACUUCUAUACUUUUUACUUUCACUGUUAAUACAAUCAUAACUACUGUGAUGACCUAUGGUCAGCUGGAUGGUCUGGCAAACAAAUGGAGCCUUGAGUUAGAGGAUCAAGAGAAACAUUUUCUUCGCCAGGCCACCCAGGUCAAUGCUUGGGACCAUACAUUGAUUGAGAAUG